GGUCCUCUGCUAUACUAUUUAUAGCACCAUUACUCCAAAACUUACAUCAAAUCUCAAACAUUGCACAGAAGUAUCAGAGAGAAAACCCACCUCUGUUUAUGAAUUUAUUACCAGUAAACCUUUUUACAGAAGGAUUUCAAGAAAGAAGCCAUGCCGAUCAUAGAAAUGGAAGUGCACAUGGAGUGCAUCGAAUGCGAAAGGAAGAUACGCAGGGCUCUCUCAAACAUCGAAGGGGUGCAUUCAGUGGGCGUAGAUAUUGAGAAACAGAAAGUAACUGUUAGUGGGUAUGUGGAUGAAAUGACUGUUUUGGAAGCAGUGAGGAAUGCCACUGGUAAAAGAGCAGAGUUGUGGGCUUAUCCAUAUAGCAGUGAAUACAAUCCUUAUGCUACUCAUUAUUUUCAACAGAGUAGCACUAGUUCUUCCACAUAUAACUAUGGGCAGAAUAAUAAUGGGACAGUGCAAGACUGCUAUGAAUCAGGAGCACAUUCUUCUUCAUCUUCUUAUUCUCCCUCCACAGUGAUAAUGGAUGACAAAGCAACCACCUUGUUCAGUGAUGAAAAUCCUCAUGCCUGCAGUGUUAUGUAAAUCUCUUGCAACUUAUUGAGAACAAACAUAUGAGAAAUUGCUACAAGUCAUUGAACAAAUAGACCUGGCUCAGGGAAGGCUGAGGAACUGCUCGGCAGCAGCACUUGAAUUAAGGCAUAUUAGCCUUUCAAUUAACUUCACUCAUUCAAGAUAAAAAUACUCUGUGAAGUAAAUUGCAGAUAUGUAACACCUAUUUCAUUUUGUCAAUAAACUACCUAUAUGAUUAUAUAUUUUGAUCAAA